AUGGCAUACGACCCGAUCCCGGAGAAUGUAAGAAAGUUCUGGGACUCAUGGAGCAUCCGAACCUUCGUCAUCUUGAGCCUCUCACUUCAGAUUUUUCUUGUUCUCUUUGCUUCGUUCCGUAAGAAAACCGGCAAUACGGGGGUCUAUUCUCUUAUAUGGUCUGCUUAUCUACUGGCGGACUGGGUUCCCACAUUCACCGCUGGUCUCAUCCUGAACACUCUGAGCAACAACACUGGCGACUUCGGUACCUCAUCCAUUGAUCAUGGGUUGACCAAUGAUCUUCUGGCAUUAUGGGCAGCUUCUCUGCUGAGGCACCUUGGCGGCACCUUCACCAUCACCGCGUUUUCCCUUGAAGAUAAUGAGCUGUGGCUAAGGCACUUCAUUGGCCUCAUAGUCCAGUUCACGACGGCCUUGUACGUCUUUCUCUGCACCCUCCCCAACAAGAAGCUUCUAGUCCCGACAAUUUUCGCCCUUAUUGGAGGCAUCACCAGUUAUGCUCAACGGGUGAGAUCUAUGUAUCUUGCAACCUUGGAUAAGUACCGCGAAGACAUUGUGAGACACCCUUACAAUCCAGAUGAAGAGUACAAAGAACUUGGCCUGGAUAAGCUGUUCAAGGAAGCUCGAAGAGAGCCGCUUGAUCAAUCUGAUGUGUGCCAGGUCGCAUACCACUAUUUUCAGAUCUUCAAAGGGCUCAUCGUCAACGUAGAAUACAUGCCCACGGACAAAAAAGAGAGUAUCAAGAGCUUCCGUAAUAGGAUCACGUCACAGGAUACACUUCAGGUGAUAUUACGUGAACUCAGUUACAUGUACGAGGUGCUUUACACCAACCACCUAGCUCUCACGACGUUUCUGGGUGGACUGUGUUCAAACAUCUCCUUAGUUUCGGGUGCGGUUGUGCUUGGCAAGUUUGUCCGUGCAGGGAAGCAAGAUUUUCAUCAUGUCGAUAUCAGAAUCAGUUAUGCUCUGUUUAUCGUACCCAUUGUGCUGGAUGCAUUGGUAAGCUAUGGAGACUCGCUGCGCCCAUUGUCUCCGUAUCCAUUGACAUCGAGGGGCAUAGCUGACCAAUUUUUACACAUGAUAAAAUCAUUUUCAAAUGAUGUUCUUGACUUACUGUUUUGUGGAAUUUUCCAUAAAAGGAAGCUGAAGAUGUUGACAGUUCAGAUAGAGCCGGGUAUUGAGCACGAGGUACAUGGUACAUUCAUAUUGUGGCGGGAAUGGUCAGAGUGCAUCUGCGCCCACAACCUCAUUAGCUAUUGUUUGAAGGAAUGUCCUCGAACGAUCUCCAAGCCAAAUGGACCAUGUCGAGUCCACAUGAGUAAGAUCCUCCAUUUACCAUUACUUGCUGUGAUGAAAAUAUUACUAUUUGUACGUCCUGUCCUCGAUAUGCUGGGCCUCAAGGACAUUCUCGAUAAGGCCAUAUAUGUAUCUAGAUGUCCUUUUGACAAGCAACUGUGGGAUUUCCCAUUCGCCAGUUUGGGGGAUAUGUCCUCCAAAAUGGAGAAUGGAGAUGUGAAGUUGGUAUCUGAGGCCAGAGGUGGUUGGGCCCUCCAAAGUGAUGGAGAACCGAGCUGUGAUCGCCGUAAGUUGUUGGCUUGCAUCAAUGGUGUUGAAUAUGAUGAGAGUCUUCUCCUGUGGCAUAUUGCUACUGAACUCUGCUACAAUACAGAGGAGGAUCAGCGCGCCAAGAAGAUGGGAAGUCAUGCUCGAGUAUUCAGCAAGAUCAUGUCAGAUUACGUGCUGUAUCUCAUGGUCUUUCAGCCCAGUAUGAUGUCCACAAUAUCUGGUAUGUUCCUCAAGAACUAUGAGGACGCUUGCGAGCAGACAUAUGCAGCUCUAAGGGAAAUCCGUCGGGGAGGAGGUGACAGAAAAUUGAAGGAUGCUUGCACGAAGAUUCUCGACUCCAAAGUGGAAUUCAAAACGGCCAAAGAUGGGAGUAAGCCUCUGCUGUUUCGAGCAUGCACCUUGGCCGAAGAACUUAAGCAGUUGCAGGAGGGAGAAAGGUGGAGUAUCAUGGCGCGGGUGUGGGUUGAGAUGCUGACGUACGCAGCUGCGCAUUGCAGAGGAGAUAUUCAUGCCCGGUCGCUGAGUAGGGGCGGGGAGCUCCUUUCCAUGAUUUGGCUCUUGAUGGCUCAUUUCGGGUUGAUAGGCAAUCAGAGAGACGGAGCAAUCGUCAUUGAGCAGGAAGAGGAGCAAUCCUGUGUGUGA